AUGGAGCGUUUGGACGAAAAAGACCUGGCGAAGGUCCCUGAAAUCGUGGCAGUGCAACAGCCCGAUGCCGCCUCCGCCUCGGACAUGGACAUGGAGCUAGCCUCUACACCACCAACACCACCAGCACACCAUGGCACUCAUCCUCACCCAGUCCUCACCAAAGACCACGACGCCACCGAAGACGCCUCUGGCACCACCGAGAUUGGCUACCAGAAUCGCGUCCGUCUCGCCAAGGAUCACGCCUCGGGCGCCUACACUCCUGUCCUAGAGCAGCGCUUCCGCAACAACCUUCGCCUCGCCGUCGGCUUUCUUGAGCUCGCCAACGCCGGCGACUUUGCCGCCAAUGUCUGGAACCAGAUUCCCGUGCCCGUUUACGCCAUUGUCUGUAUGGCCAUUGGUGCUACUGGCGCUGGCGUUCUCUCCUUCUUUGCUUUCGACGAUGCUCGCUACUCCUGGCGCAACGUCGUUUUCCUCCGCCGCCAGCGCGCCCAACUAAAGGAAACGCUCCAACGUCGAGAGUCCCACGGACAGAGCAGCCGCGAUGUCAGGGUCCUGCUAGAGCUCAAUCUUCGCGAGCUCGGCUGCGAGACCAUCAACCGCUUCGGCAUGGAUGUCCUUAUGGGAUUUGGUGCUGUGCUUAUCUGCAUUGGCACCUACAUGGCCAUUGGCGGUGCCAACAAGAAAGUUUGGCUGACUAGUAAUAUACUGUCCGGCUAUCUCGGAAACGCCCCAAUUGCCCUUUACGGUCUCGUCAACUCCGGCUGGGCCACCUAUCUGGCUAUCAAGACCGAGGGUCAUGUCAAGGCCACCGCCCGCGCCCUGCCCGGCUCGCUCGAGUACAGGCUCGUUAAAGAACGCGCAAAGAAACUGCAACUUUAUUGCGGAAUCAACGGAGCCAUCACCCUCGUUGGAGGUGUCGCAUCUAUGCUGACUGCCACGCAAUGGUGGGCAUAUGUCAUACUCAUCCCGGUCAUCGUCCUCUCCUUUACCUGCAACUGGUUCUGGCGGACGAGACUUGGCUACAGCCACGACGACAUGCGUCAGAUGCCCGACAUGGACGUUGAAAAGCUAUGCAAAGUCCUUCGCUUCGCCGCCGAGGCACGGACAGGCCUCGCGCGCAACGCAGAGCUUGCCGAGAGGGAUUUGGUGCUGCAAGCCGCCACCGUGCCCCAGGCGCUCGAUCUCAUCGACACUUCGGGUCUGCUUGAGGCCUUCUGUAUCAAUGUCGUCUCCGACAGCCGGCUUUGCUACGCCCUGUGCGAUCCCGACGCAGAGCAGGUUGAAGUCUCGCUGGCCGACAUUGCUGCUCUUCCCGAUACAUUCCACCCUGCUUUAUUGGAAGCCGCGCAUGACUGCUUACGCUCCGCCGGCGUGUCUCGAUAUGCUCACCUCGAGCGCUUCAGCGCCGAGUUGCUCGGCAUCUAUCUUCAUCAAUCCCAAUCAUCCGCAGAUCUGGAAUCGGCACGCAAAUAG